AUGGCGGUUAUUGUAAGGACCUUAGUUAUAUUUGUUAUGUUAACAGUGUCAAUAAUAGAAGGUGCAAGAAUCUUGGCAUACUUUCCUACACCAUCUAUCAGCCAUCAAGUGGUUUUUCGUCCAUUAAUACACUCAUUGGCUAAGCGUGGACAUGAGGUCAUUGUUAUAACAACAGAUCCUGCUUUCCCGAAAGGUGAAGCGCCAGUAAAUUUGACGGAAAUUGAUGUACAUGAUAUAACAUAUAAAAUUUUACAAGAACUAUUAGUGAAUCAUACAGGAGAAAAAAAACAAAUAGUGGUUCAAGCGAAGUUGAUAUUUCAAAAAUACGCAGAAAUGGUUGACCAGCAAAUGCACUCAAAUGAUGUAAAAGAAAUUUUGAAAAAUAAAGACAAAAAAUAUUUUGACGUGCUUUUACUGGAAGCUUGCAAUCGUCCUCUUUUAGGUAUAUCUCAUAUGUUUGAUGCGCCAAUUAUCACAUUUAGUUCAUUUGGUGCUUUUUCCGUCCAAUAUGAAGCAAUGGGAGCACCUCUGCAUCCUUUUUUGUAUCCCACAGCUGGACGACAGAGAUUAUAUAAUUUAACCAUGUUAGAAAAAGGCAUUGAACUUGCUAAACAUGCAGUGUUGGAAUAUAUUAUUUCAUCUACUAAAGAUUUUGAUUAUUAUAUAAUGAGGAAAAAUUUCGGUAAUGAUGUUCCUUCAUUUGAAGUAUUGAGUAAAAACAUUAAAAUGAUGUUUCUGAAUGAGCAUCCACUCUGGGCUGAUAAUCAUCCUGUACCACCCUCUAUUAUUUACAUUGGUGGUAUUCAUCAGGCAACAAACAAAGAAUUACCUGAGGAUCUUAAAGAAUAUAUGGACUCUUCAAAAUAUGGUGUUAUAUACGUAAGCUUUGGCACAAAUGUUUUGCCAUCAGUUCUACCUCCUGAAAAAAUAGAAAUUAUGACAAAAGUUCUUUCUCAAUUACCGUACGAUGUUUUAUGGAAAUGGGACGAUAGUGCGCUACCAGGGCAAUCAAAAAAUAUUAAAACUGCAACUUGGUUUCCUCAAACGGACGUACUUAAGCAUCCAAAUAUGAAGUUAUUUAUAACUCAGGGAGGACUUCAAUCAACAGAUGAAACUAUAGAUGCUGCAGUUCCUGUUAUAGGUAUUCCGAUGUUGGGUGAUCAAUGGUAUAACGUUGAAAAAUACGUUCAUCAUAAAAUUGGCUUACAACUCGAUAUUACUACAUUAACCGAAAAUGAAUUUAGGGAAUCUGUUAAAACUGUGAUAGAAGAUGCAAGUUACAAGAAAAAUGUUUUACGGCUUCGAAGUAUUAUGAGAGAAUAUCCUAUAAAGCCACUAGACAACGCUGUUUGGUGGACCGAACACGUCAUAAAGUACGGAGGCGACCACCUCAAAUGCCCAGCAGCAGGCUUGUCUUGGGCAGAAUAUUAUGAAGUCAAUCUUGUUCUUAUAAUCUUGGGCAUUCUAUUAAUCGUUUUAGCCAUCUUAUUGUAUAUCCUAAAAAAGCUUUUCAAUUUCGUUUGCAAAAUUUACAGAACAAUUUUCAAAGUAAAAGUUCAU